ACAACUCGGUGUCUGAUCUAGCGCGCGCUUGUGAUAUAUUGCUAGUGGAUAACACAUGGGACUAAGCUGAUCAGGAUGGUUUACUGCCAGGCGUUUGGCUGCCGAAAUCGGUCAGGAAAGGGCGCAAAAUGCAGCUUUUACCGCAUUCCCGAUCCGGAGAAGAGGCCAGAAAUCUCUAAAAAAUGGGUGGCUGCACUAAAGGUAGAGAAAUACAACAAGCCUUCCUACAAAAUCACGAGAAUUGAUGUUGUUUGUAGCGAGCACUUUACCGAGGACUGCUUUGAGAAGAACGUGAUAGAGUUGCCUGGGAAAGCUACCCCAAAACGACUGAAAUUGGAUGCUGUCCCUUCAAUUUUCCUCCAUCAUGCCCCCCAGCCGAAAGUCCGGGAAAGUACGGAGAAGAGAUUGGCAAGGAUAGAAGCUCAAAAAUAUAUCCAAACAGUCUUGUCAGCACCAACCAGUGGAAAUGAUGAACAAACUUUUCCGAGUAACAUCCAAUCUACACGUACAUGCACCUCUGCUUUUGCAUCUCCUGCACCGUCAACCAAUUCUCAUCCAACUAAUGACGAGCUUCGAGAGUCUGCUGAAAAACUGCACAUUCCUUCAUCCCUAUCAAAGCCAACACAAUCUUAUCCAGCCCGUAGCAAGCGUGAACUUACUAGCGAUGAAGAACUCACUCCUUCAUUCCCUAUAAAGGACCACCUUUCGCUACAAUCUCGGCCUCGUAAGAAGCGCAGACGAGGAUCUAAAAAGAAGAUGUGCUCCGAUAAGGAAAGAACCUUCCAAUCUUCAGACUCAAGCACACAGACAUGCCUUGAAGACAUUGAUGACAAUGGACUGAGGGAGGAGAGCACACAGUGGCCUCCAGACUUUGAUGCUAUCAACAUUGACCAUAAUUACCCACAAACACAGUUGCCAGUUGUGUGGCCAUGUUGUGCAAAAAGUAAACUCAACAGCAAGACUCAAGGGUCAUCACCUUUGACCGAGCCAUCGAUGGCUAUGCCUCCACCUCCACCACCAAGCCAAUCACCAUCUGGCUCCCCACCCACUGCACCUGGACCACCAUUACCCAGCAUGACCGUAACUACCUCUCAAGAAUCGGUAUCAAUAUCACCUAGACCUUCACCAGAAUCAGAAUUGCACGUUCAGCCCAGUGAAAUAUUGACACCUCUUUUGUCUCCCAAGAAUUCUUCGAUGUCAGAUGAAUCAUCUUCUGAUGAACUAACAUCGUCGCAAGAUAGUUCUUCUAGUUCAACUUCCCUUUACAACACCGGCACAUCAAGUGACCCUUCUUACCUACCUUCUGAUGAGGAAUCCUCCAGCUCAGAACCAGAAGAUGAGCCACCACAGCUUCGCUAUGUGAAGGAAAAGAAGUUUCUAGUGUUUGAGGAAUGUCUUGACACUUUGUUAUAUUCACAGAAGUGUGCUAAGUGUGGUUCUGGACAGAUAUGCGAGAUAAAGAAGUACUGUGUGGGCACAAUGCUUGUAGCAGACCUCACAUGCUUUUGUGGAAACGUGUUCAAAUGGUCUUCACAACCGAAGAUUGGGAAACAACCAGUUGGCAACCUUCUGACAGCGUCUGCAAUACUUCUCAGUGGCAAGACUUAUGAACAGUUGCGAUUCUUUGCGGAACUUCUCAACCUCCAAUUCCUAUCCCACACCACCUUCAACUCCAUCCAAAAUGCAGCCCUCCUCCCCACCAUAAAUCACUUUUACGAAGAAAACAUCUCUUCUGUAAAAAGGGAAGUAAAGUGUAGAAAUGACCAGGUAGUCUUGUGCGGAGAUGGGAGGUGUGACAGUCCCGGAUACAACGCCAAAUACUGUACAUAUACAUUUAUUGACAUGAAGUCCAACAAAAUCCUGGACAUGUCCGUUGUCCAGGUGACUGAGGCAUCAAGCUCUGUUGCCAUGGAGAAGAUCGGUUGUCAGCGGACAUUAGAGAAGAUAUUACAGGACGGCAUCAACGUUGCGACAGUAGCAACCGACAGGCAUACGGGAAUCCGUAAGAUGCUCAGGGAACUUUACCCGUACAUCAUCCACCAAUUUGAUGUCUGGCAUCUCACCAAAUCCAUAGGAAAGCGGCUAAUAACAAAGUCCAAGCAGAAAGAAUGUAGUGAGCUUUGUCAGUGGACCCAGGCCAUAAACAAUCAUAUCUGGUGGGCUGCUCAACAUUGUAGAGGAGAUCCGGAUUUGAUCAUUGAAAUGAUCCAGUCGAUCACCCAUCACAUAUGUAAUAUACAUCAAUGGAAUUCUUGUGACCAGUAUCAUAACUGCGCACAUAGAGAAUUCACCGAAGAGGAGAUCGAGGCAAGAAAAUGGUUUGUUCCAGGAUCCAAGGCGCACACAGCUCUCCAGGAAGUCUUAUUCGACACCAGGUUGGUCAAGGACAUGAGACACCUAACCCAGGCUUGCCAUACAGGGUCCAUAGAGGCUUACCACAACCUGUAUCUCAAAUAUGCUCCCAAGCGUCUCCACUUUAAGUAUCCAGCAAUGCUUGGGCGUGCCCAGCUUGCUGUUCUGGAUCACAACCACAACGUGGAAACCAAACAAGCCACUGUCAAGUGCCCAAGGAGAGGUACAGCACCAAAGGGUAGCCCGAGAUAUCGGUAUGUGUUCUCCAAACACACUAAGGAGUGGAUCCGGAAGAAGGUCCCAGAAGACAAGGACUACACUUACCUCUGGGAAGUUAUGGUUGCAGUGCUUGAGGUGAAAAUGGGCGAAUUUCUACCAGAAGAUCCCAUCAUUCCACAUCUUCCAGAGAACAUUGCGCCAGUACCUCGUCCUCCUCGUGCUGAAAUUGACUCUCGUGCAACGACUAGGUUCACCUCUUAGGAAGAAGUUAACUACAGGUUGGAUGAGAGGUCACCAUGUAACUUCUGGUGAUUGACCCCCAGCCAGUACCUCGUCCUCCUCGUGCUGAAAUUGACUCUCGUGCAACGACUAGGUUCACCUCUUAGGAAGAAGUUAACUACAGGUUGGAUGAGAGGUCACCAUGUAACUUCUGGUGAUUGACCCCCAGCCAGUACCUUGUUCUCCUCGUGCUGAAAUUGACUCUCGUGCAACGACUAGGUUCACCUCUUAGGAAGAUGUUAGCUACAGGUUGGAUGAGAGGUCACCAUGUAACUUCUGGUGAUUGACCCCCAGCCAGUACCUUGUUCUCCUCGUGCUGAAAUUGACUCUCGUGCAACGACUAGCUUCACCUCUUAGGAAGAUGUUAGCUUCAGGUUGGAUGAGAGGUCACCAUGUAACUUCUGGUGAUUGACCCCCAGCCAGUACCUUGUUCUCCUCGUGCUGAAAUUGACUCUCGUGCAACGACUAGCUUCACCUCUUAGGAAGAUGUUAGCUUCAGGUUGGAUGAGAGGUCACCAUGUAACUUCUGGUGAUUGACCCCCAGCCAGUACCUUGUUCUCCUCGUGCUGAAAUUGACUCUCGUGCAACGACUAGCUUCACCUCUUAGGAAGAUGUUAAUUAGCUUCAGGUUGGAUGAGAGGUCACCAUGUAACUUCUGGUGAUUGACCCCCAACCACAAACAUGGUCUCUUCAAUGUCAUUUAUAUGAAUACUACAGUAAUUGAAAUUUAUAUGUGGACCAUUUAUGUUUCACUUGCAGAAAGAUACUGAUGAGGUACAGAUUUAUAAUACUUGAUUUUAUCACAUUACUUCCAGAAUUGACUCUAAAAAGUAUAUGAUUUCUAUUCAUUGAUGUCAUGUAUAUGAAUUCAAGACGAGAACAAGCGUUACUUUACCUUGCAGAAAGGUGACGCGCUUCAUAUUGGAUGAGAGGUCAUUACGGUUACAUAACUUAUGGUGAGGGACUCCUUACGAACACAUGCAGUAUUUUCUCUUUAAAUGUUAAGCAUAAAAGUUCACGAAGGAGAUGCAUCCAACGUAGUUGCUGGAUAGUUACCUAUGCAAAUUCAUUUACGUAAAUGGGCCUCAUGUGUAAAAAUUUCACUGAUGUAGCCAACAGGUUGUUGUAAGUGUCAACAAGUCAUACAUUGUGGGAUUGAAGAUCCAAUACAUUAUUAGACAUGAAAGUCAUAUGUGUUAUGGACAAAGUAUUUGAGAUAUUUUUGAGACAGGAAAUAUACAUUAUUGUAUUUUCAGUUAUUUUGUGUUCCCAUUCACUCCUGGUGUUGAUCUACUGUAUCAGGAAGUAAAUUUUUGAUGUUCAGAUGCCAGAAUCACAGAAAUAACACUGCCGAAAGAUUUUAUUGAUGCAGUUUAUACUCUGAUAAUUGUAGGUUGUUAAUUGAAUUAGUGAUGUAAUUUAUAUUCAUAUUUUAUUAGUUUCUAUGUAAAAAGGACCUCAAAAUCCCAAAGUCUUACAACUGGCUAUGAAUGGAUACCAAUUUUCAGACAAAAGUAGGAACACUCUCUUACAAAAGAAGGGCCCAUUUUUUUGUAAUUUGUCUUUAUUUUGAUCCUACAUGCAAGUAGCAUCCUACAUGUUCUUUUACAUCUGUGGGAGUUGGCAAUGCAGUUAUUGUAUUCCAUCUAAUAUGCGCAGGCACAUUAGGGUACACUACUACAAUUGUCAGAGUUCCCAGCCCAUCAGGGAUUUUAUUUUUAUUUUUUUCCAUUUGGAAAAAAUCAGGGAAUUUGAUCAGACCCAAAAGUCGAAAGUACAUGUACCUCAAAUCAGGGAAUAUGCCUCAAACGAGGGAAAAAUAGGAAUUUUGAUCAGCCCAAAAGUCGAAAUCAUGGUAGUCAGUCCGACUCUGUUAUAUAUCAACAUAUCAACCUCUUGCUGUAUAAGGUGAGAAAAUGAUGGCUGUAUGGGGAGAAAGGAGGCCAUAACAUGCCUGUGUAAUAGUACCAACUGAAUCGUACAUUAUUGUUUUUAUACAGAAAUACAUGUACAUGUAUUUCACGGCAACGACAUAGAAAACAUGCAAACCUGGGAAUGGGUAUAAUCAGGGAAUUUGUUUUAUCGAAAAGCUGUGAACCCUGAUUGUAAUGUUUGUGAGGUUGGACUCCCACAUACAUGUAGCUGUGCAGCAUUUACAUGUAGUUACAUAUAUCUCUUCAUUGCAUGUCAAAAUGGUUUUUACCUAAGUUUACUUAUGGAAAAUAAAGUUUGUCACAAGUUACGUGUAAUUUCAACAUGUGUUCAAUCGAUUACAGUGCACUUGAACUUGGUAGUGAAAAGUGUUACAUGAAUGUAAAGUUUGACAGAAAAUAGUUUAGUGUGUUAAAAAAAAAAAUCAGUCACACCACACACUUGUGUGACUACAUUUUGGUCUGAGACUGCCAAAUCGAAGCGUUAUCUUUCUGUGAAUGAUAUUCUCAAAAAGUGCACCUUAGAGAAUACACAACAUGAGAUUGGCAAUUGUCACUCAUGUGAUUCUAACAGAAUCUAUUAGAAUAUAAACUGUUUUUAAAUGUAGAAUUUGAUACUUUGUAUUAUAAUGAUUCCUACGGAAAUUGCUCAAUAAUUUGCAAAACAACUGUCUGUUUUUCUGUCAGGCCUUUCCCCAUCUCUCUGUUAUAUUACAACACCUGGCCACACGUUCGUUUACAAACUUAUUUCAGCUUGCUGUUACUCGGUUUUCACACAUUUUCCUUAUUGAUUUGCAAAUCUUUUUUCUUGAAAUUGUUGCUCCAUCUGACUAGGCAACUUUGCCUCCGAGUAAGAACCGCCUGUUUAAUUUGUACAUACAUUCAGAAGAUUAUUUUUUAAUAUAUAUAAUGGUAUUAGUAUUUCUGUUGUCAGCCUCAAGGUACACAGAAGAGUGAACUCAUAUUACUCUUGGUUAUGUAUGUAAUCUAUGUUGACUAGAGAUGAUAUGAUGUGCCCUUUUUCCAUGAGAGGACAAAAUUUGUCAUACUUAUGUGUUUUUUAUUGGAAAUAUUCUGUUUUUUAUACAUUUACUUUGUUUUGAUGAAAUUACAUUUUUUGCUAUGGUAAAAUUAGUUUGACAAGAAGUGAUGAAUAAAUCUGUACUAAAAUGUUCUUUUUAGUAGAUAUGUGAAUUGUAAAUUUUAGUUGGGACAGCUCCCCCAUUUAGUUAUUGUGCCUGUAAUGUUUAGUUUUACAGAUUGUCACCAAUGCCUUUCCUUAUGGCCAGUGAUUGAAUGAUAGAAGGCAUCAUGCCCAGUCCAACUUGUGGGAAGUUGAACUUAGAUCAUGUGUACUUAAAAAAUUCUUUGCUCCUAAUUUUCCAUGUAGUUGUAUGCAUAAUUACUACAACUUUUUAGAAUUUGUAACACUCUAUAAUGAACCUGUCAGGGUUUGCUUGAAUUCUCAUUUAACUGUUUCUCUGCAUUUUCUUGUUUUAUAUGUAAAUUACUGUUGAACAUGUAAGGGAGUAACUAAUUUUCUCAAUGAAUCAUUUCCGGCUACUUCAACAUUCCCAAUCUCAAAUUUUGUUUUAAAACAUUGUGUUUCUCAUGCAGUUUAGUUUUUCCCCCUUUACUGAUGAGUGACUGCCACUUUUCCUUCUCCCUAUAAAGAAUGAAUUGUAUCUGGGAGGGGGGGGGGGGUAAAUUUAGCUGGAACAUGUAUUCUGUAAGAUUAAAGGAUGGUGAUUGAGGAGUAUGUGCAUGUAUAUUCUGUCUUUUUGUGGUUUUGAUGGGUUUCCCCCAGUUAAUAUAAUUACUGCACUGUUUGUGAAUUUUACAAAGUAAAAGUUUUUUUCAUAGUA